CUUGUGGCGAAAGAUUCCUGUGGCACUCUCAAACCCCAAAUUCUUGGUUGCAGGCAGUCUAUGUAGUUUCUCUAUUUCUUUUUCUCUGACUGUCAUUCUCUCAGGCUGACAGUCGGUAAGGCGGCGGAGAGGCCAGAUCUUUUCCCUCCUGAGCGGGACACAUGGCUUCAAACAGCAUCUUCGACACAUUCUCCAGCUACUCUCCCAGUUUACUGCGAGCCAGUGAUGUUUCAGAAGCCUCGCUUCAGCUGAUGCACAGGCCGUAGCCUCCUCUAGGGGCCAGGAGGGCGACUAUACCACCAUGAAACCCGACCACGAGCAGACGGUUCACGCCGCCCUCCGCCUCGUUCCCGUGCCCUAAAGUGACCGAUAACCCGGGUAUGAACGCACCGGGUCCGCUGCGGUCCGGGCGGCCCGUGGAGACCCGCUCCGUGGUGGACGUGCUGGCCGAUCACGCCGGAGAGCUGGUGCGCACGGACAGCCCAAACUUUCUCUGCUCGGUCCUGCCGUCACACUGGAGGUGCAACAAAACUCUGCCUGUGGCUUUUAAGGUGGUGGCACUAGGUGAUGUUCCUGACGGGACUCUGGUUACGGUGAUGGCGGGAAAUGAUGAGAAUUAUUCCGCGGAGUUGAGAAACGCGUCUGCCGUCAUGAAGAACCAGGUGGCGCGAUUCAACGACCUGCGCUUCGUGGGAAGGAGCGGGAGAGGAAAGAGCUUCACAUUGACCAUCACAGUGUUCACUGGCCCACCCCAGGUCGCCACAUACCACCGCGCUAUUAAAGUCACAGUGGACGGACCUCGAGAGCCAAGACGUCACCGUGUGAAGCCGGACGACCCUCACAAGCAGUUUUCCGAUCGCCUGAGUGACAUCGAGCGUUUCCAGAGGGCCAGUCUGAGGAUGAACCCUGGCAACGGGACCGCCCGCCCCCACCAAUCCCAUUACAGUCCCUCCAGCACCACACAGAUACCAGGAUUAUGGCCAGAUCAGAUGGACCCUCCUGCACUGAAGACAUGUAAAGUGGAAGACGACUUACGCUGGUCAAGUUCGGAGCUGUUCCAGCAGAGGACAUCUUUCCCGUCUCUGUCUCCAUUAACGGCUCCUCGUUUCUCGGAUUCACACAUGCAUUACCCGGGUGCUUUCAGCUACUCUGCCAACCCGUCCAGCACUGGAAUCGGUGGUCUCAGUGUAGCCGGUAUGCCCACCUCCAGCCGCUACCACACCUACCUGCCUCCUCCCUAUCCUGGCAACCAGAACCAGAACUCACACUUCCAGACCAACUCCUCGCCGUACCACCUGUACUACGGCACCGGGUCCGGCUCCUACCAGUUCUCCAUGGUUCCGACCGGCGGCACCGGAUCAGGAGGCGACAGGUCACCCACCCGCAUGCUGACGUCCUGCACGGCGGCCGGUGGAGCCGGCGUCACCGCUGGAGGAAACAACAGCCUGCUGAACGCCAGCCUCGGGAACCAGAGCGACGGCGUGGAUGCCGACGGGAGCCACAGCAACUCGCCCACAGCGAUGAGUGCGUCGACGCGCAUAGACGAGUCCGUCUGGAGGCCUUACUGAGAAAGAGUUAAGAGGAAAGGUGAAAGUCUUGCAUGUUUGAUCGUUUUAUGUCCCUUUGUCCUUCUAUGACGUCAACCGCUGAUCGUGAUCAAAUGACCUGAAGUUAGUUUGGC